UUGUCCUUGUCCCAGAGAGAAAAAAAGUCAUAAAUAUAUAUAUAUAUAUAUGUAUAGAGAGAGAGGAGAGAAACUAAAGUAGAACAUUUUAGACAGAAAGUAAGGGUUGUUGCGCGCAGUGUUAGCUGCAAAGCACAUUGAGAGAGAGAAGCAAAAGAAGUGGAGGAGAGUGGUCGGAAAACCCUAAAAUCCUAGAAAAGGUUCGUCCCUCUGAAGACCAGUAAGGCUCUGUGUUUUCUUCUUUUUCUUGAUGUGGAGAUGAACGAAGAAUAUUCCAUCUACUGAUAGAGGAUCAUGCUGUAGAACUUGUUUUGGUCUAACAUGUACCUGCAUUUAAAUAAAGCCUUUACAGUGUUGGAUCUCUGUUCUCGGAGCUGAAGAUCAGGAGUUAAUUUUGGGUUCAUUGACGUGGAAUUUGGUGGAAAAAAGAGCUUUUUUCUCGGUGUUGUCGUCUCUACUGGGUAUUUGUAGUUUAUUAUAUUAUUUUAAUAUUUGGGUUUUGUGUUGUUUGGAUGAAGGCAUUACUUUGUACUGAUUCGAAGAUGAAGUGAUUGGAGGAGUGUUAAUGUAAGUUGGGACUCUGAGCAAGGUACUAGAUGAAUGAUUUGAAGCAAAAUUUAGUACCAAAAGAAAGUUGAAGCAGAAAUAGUUUCUGGGCAUUUUCUGUUCAUCAAAUUAUCGACCUUUAACGGUUGACAGAGGAUUUUGAGGCGGCCUGUAUUGAUCGCAGUGAAUAUAGACGCUUUGGUUUGAUAUUUGAUCUUUGCGCUGGAGCGUUUAGGAUUACCGGGCACUAUGUCUUCCUUGAGUAGGGAGUUGGUGUUUUUGAUUUUGCAGUUCUUGGAUGAGGAGAAAUUCAAGGAAACAGUACAUAAGUUAGAGCAAGAGUCUGGCUUUUUCUUCAAUAUGAAGCAUUUCGAGGAUCAGGUCCAGGCAGGUGAAUGGGAUGAAGUUGAGCGCUAUUUAUGUGGCUUCACUAAGGUAGAGGAUAACCGAUAUUCAAUGAAGAUUUUCUUUGAAAUUAGGAAGCAGAAGUACUUGGAAGCUCUGGAUAGGCAGGAUCGAACAAAGGCUGUCGAGAUUCUUGUGAAAGACCUUAAGGUUUUUGCAUCCUUUAAUGAGGAACUUUUCAAAGAGAUUACUCAGUUGCUUACUCUUGAAAACUUUAGGCAAAAUGAGCAGCUUUCCAAGUAUGGAGACACAAAAUCGGCUAGAAACAUCAUGCUUAUAGAACUCAAAAAGUUGAUUGAAGCAAACCCGCUGUUUCGUGAUAAGCUUGCGUUUCCAUCCUUCAAAAGUUCACGACUAAGGACUUUAAUUAACCAGAGUCUAAACUGGCAGCAUCAACUUUGCAAGAAUCCUCGUCCAAACCCUGAUAUUAAAACGCUAUUCAUGGAUCAUUCUUGCUCUCCAACGAGUAAUGGAGCUCGUCCACCUCCCACAAACAGCCCCCUGAUGGGGCCAAUUCCUAAGGCUGGGGCAUUUCCCCCAAUUGGUGCCCAUGGUCCAUUUCAGCCUGUUGUUUCCCCAACUCCUGGUGCUAUUGCUGGGUGGAUGUCAAGCACCAAUCCCUCUUUACCUCAUGCUGCCAUGGCAGCAGGCUCACCUGGUCUUGUGCAGCCUUCUAGUGCAGCUGCAUUCUUGAAACACCCAAGGACCCCCACUGGUGUAACAGGCAUGGAUUAUCAAUCUGCUGAUUCUGAGCACUUGAAGCGCAUUCGUAUUGGCCAGUCUGACGAGGUGUCCUUUUCUGGUGUAAUGCAUACUCCUAAUGUCUGUUCACAAGAUGACCUUCACAAAGUUGUUGUGCGGACGCUCAAUCAAGGAUCUAAUGUCAUGAGCAUGGACUUUCGUCCACAGCAGCAAACAAUUCUUUUAGUUGGGACAAAUGUUGGGGACAUUAGCCUUUGGGAAGUUGGGUCUCGGGAAAGGUUGGCACACAAGCCAUUCAAGUUUUGGGAUAUCUCGGCUGCUUCUAAGCCAUUGCAGACAACAUUACUCAAUGAUGCUGCGAUUUCGGUGAAUAGAUGUGUUUGGGGGCCAGAUGGACUUAUGCUUGGUGUUUCAUUUUCCAAACAUAUUGUUCAAACAUAUAAAUACAAUCCAACUGGAGAACUGACACAACAUUUGGAGAUUGAUGCUCAUGUUGGUGGUGUUAAUGACAUUGCGUUCGCCCAUCCCAACAAGCAAUUGUGUAUUGUCACAUGUGGUGAUGAUAAGAUGAUUAAGGUAUGGGAUGCUGUAACUGGACGUAGACAAUACACUUUUGAAGGCCACGAAGCUCCUGUUUAUUCAGUCUGCCCUCAUUACAAAGAAAAUAUCCAAUUUAUUUUCUCUACUGCCAUUGAUGGGAAAAUCAAAGCUUGGCUGUAUGAUUGCUCGAGAUCCAGAGUGGAUUACGACGCUCCUGGACUGUGGUGCACCAUGAUGGCAUAUAGUGCAGAUGGAACCAGGCUCUUCUCAUGUGGAACAAGUAAAGAAGGUGAAUCACAUCUAGUUGAGUGGAAUGAGAGUGAAGGAGCAAUAAAACGGACAUAUUCUGGUUUUAGGAAGCGCUCCUUAGGUGUUGUCCAGUUUGACACAACUAGGAACCGGUUCUUAGCUGCAGGUGAUGACUUUCAAAUCAAGUUCUGGGAUAUGGACAAUACCAAUAUGUUGAUAGCUGUUGAUGCAGAUGGUGGAUUGCCUGCUAGUUCUAGACUGAGAUUCAACAAAGAGGGGUCACUGUUGGCAGUCACAACUAGUGACAAUGGUAUCAAGAUUUUAGCCAACAACGAUGGUGUGCACUUGAUAAGGAUGUUGGAGAGCAGGGCCAUUGAUAAGAAUCGAGGCCCUUCUGAGGCCAUUAACUCUAAGCCUCUGCUUGGUACGUCUUUAGGCCCAUUUGCAAAUGUUUCUCCUGUUGCUCCCACACAGGAACGUCCUGAUAGAACCCCUCCAGCUGUAUCUGUCAGCAGUCUAGGUACCAUGGACAAUAGCAGGCUUCUUGAUGUCAAACCGCGGAUAUUAGAUGACGUAGACAAAAUUUCGAGCUGGAAAACAUCUGAUAUUGUGGACACAACUCAACUCAAGUUUCUACGACUGCCCGACUCCAUAACAGCAGGCAAGGUUGUGCGACUGAUCUACACUAACAGUGGCCUAGCUCUACUGGCCCUUGUUUCCAAUGCUGUUCACAAACUUUGGAAAUGGCAACGGAGUGAAAGGAAUCCACCGGGAAAGGCCACUGCAUAUGUAGUGCCACAGUUGUGGCAGCCUCCCAAUGGAACUCUUAUGAGUAAUGAUGUAAAUGACGGUAAACCAGCUGAAGAGUGUGCUGCAUGUAUUGCUUUAUCAAAAAAUGAUUCUUAUGUCAUGUCUGCAUCUGGUGGGAAGGUCUCUUUGUUCAACAUGAUGACAUUUAAGGUCAUGACAACAUUUAUGUCCCCACCUCCUGCAGCCACUUUCUUGGCAUUCCACCCCCAAGAUAAUAAUAUAAUUGCAAUUGGCAUGGAGGAUUCUUCUAUUCAAAUAUAUAAUGUCAGGGUUGAUGAGGUCAAAACCAAACUCAAAGGUCACCAGAAUCGGAUUACAGGGCUUGCAUUUUCCCAAACUUUAAAUAUUCUCGUUUCUUCAGGAGCUGAUACACAGUUAUGUGUCUGGAGCAUUGAUGGGUGGGAGAAGAAGAAAUCAAGGUUCAUUCAAGCACCAGCUGGUCGCCAAUCCCCACUGGUUGGAGAAACUAAAGUUCAGUUCCAUAAUGAUCAAGCAAAUCUAUUGGUAGUACAUGAAAGUCAAGUUGCUAUCUAUGACAGCAAGCUUGAAUGUUUGCGCUCAUGGUCUUGGUCUGCAAAAGACACACCUACAGCUCCAAUCUCGAGUGCAAUAUAUUCAUGUGAUGGUUUACUCGUUUAUGCUUCUUUCUAUGAUGGUUCUGUUGGAGUUUUUGACGUGGAUAGCUUAAGGAUCAGAUGUCGGAUAGCUCCUUCUGCCUACCUACCAUCCUCUGCUGUUAGCCCAGUCUACCCUUUGGUUAUAGCUGCUCAUCCAUCUGAGCCUAACCAGAUUGCACUCGGCAUGAGCGAUGGCACAGUAUAUGUAGUGGAGCCAUUAGAUGUAGAGCAAAAGUGGGGUGCUCAAUCUUGUCAAGAUAAUGGGUCAAUACCUUCUAAUUCAUCAAAUCCUUCUCCGAGUGGUCAAGCAUCAGAGCUUCCUCCUAGGUAACGGGGGCUUUGUAGAUGUGUGUUCAACCAAAAGGAAGUUUAGACAGUGCUCUUACAUUUCAAGCAUUACCACUCAAAUAUUUUGCCAGAGCCAAUGCUUUAGAUCGUGGCUUUCAUAUAUAUUAUUUGUUGUAAAUUCUUAUUGCUUUAGCCAUUUUAACUAAUAGAAAAUUUCUUGGAAGAUUUUA